AUCCCAGCCGGCGCUCGGCGGUGCAGCAGCAUGGCCGGCGGCGCUGGCAAGAGGGUGACUGCGGCGGUGCUGGGCGCCGUGGCUUUGGCUGCCGUGGGCGGCCUCCUGCUCCUCUGCCUCCCCAACAGGGACCUCCGCGAGGCGCCCGCCUUCAAGUAUGGAAUUGUUCUGGAUGCUGGAUCUUCCCACACCGCCAUGUUUGUGUAUAAAUGGCCAGCUGGCAAGGAGAACAACACAGGGAUUGUCAGUGAGCACAGCAUGUGUGAUGUGAAAGGUGGCGGAAUCUCCAGCUAUGCUGCAGACCCCCCAGCUGCUGGGCAGAGCUUGACAGCCUGUCUAAAUCAGGCCCUGAAGGAUGUCCCAAAGGAGAGGCACGCGCUCACCCCGCUUUAUCUGGGAGCCACGGCUGGCAUGCGGCUGCUGAACCUCACUGACCCCCAGGCUUCAAACAAUGUCCUUGGAGCUGUGGCCACUACCCUGAAGGAGUAUCCCUUUGACUUCCGAGGAGCAAAAAUACUAUCAGGAGAGGAUGAGGGUGUCUUUGGCUGGGUCACGACCAACUAUCUCUUGGAGAACUUCAUUAAGUACGGCUGGAUUGGGCAAUGGGUCCAUCCAAAGAAAAAGACUUUGGGGGCCAUGGAUCUGGGGGGAGCCUCCACCCAAAUCACCUUUGAAACUCAGGAGGAGAUUGAGAGCCCCCACAGUGCAAUGACGCUGCAACUGUAUGGACAGACAUACAAAGUCUACACACACAGUUUUCUGUGCUAUGGCAGGGAUCAGGUCCUCAAGAGGCUUCUGUCCAAGGUGCUGAAGGAUGCAAGGUAUGCCCUGAAAGUGGAGAACCCUUGCUGGCCCAGAGAUUACAAGAGGAAUUUCACAAUAGAGACCAUCUAUGACUCACCGUGCACCACUGCAGAGAAGCCCACCAACUACUUCCCCACGGCCAUUGUGAACAUGAGAGGCUCUGGAGACUCAGCCCUGUGCCGCCAGCGCAUGGACAGCCUCUUCCGCUUCACAGGCUGCACCUACAAGAGCUGCUCCUUUGAUGGCAUCUUCCAGCCCAGUGUCUCAGGAAACUUCAUUGCAUUCUCUGCGUUCUUCUAUACUGUGGAUUUUAUUCAGUCUGUGAUGAAGAGACGCAUUGCCAUGCCAGGUGACCUUGAGGAGGCUGUGGUUGAGCUCUGUAACUCGUCUUGGUCUGAGUUGCUUCAGAAAGCUCCAGGUGAGGAGAAGAGGUUGCCCGACUACUGUGCCACAGCUGUUUUUAUCCAGCUUCUGCUCAUGAAAGGCUACCGGUUUGAUGAGCGCACAUUCCCGGACAUUGCCUUCCAGAAGAAAGCUGGAGACACAUCCAUUGGCUGGGCCUUGGGUUACAUGCUGAACCUUACCAAUAUGAUCCCCGCUGAAGAGACCAGCUUCUGGAAGGGAACGAAGUACAGCUCCUGGGUGGGCCUCAUCCUUCUUUUUGUCGCCAUCAUCCUGGUUGCACUGGGGACCAUGUUCUGCGUGCUGCGAUCCUCCAAGGGGCGUGGAACAGUGUAGGAUCAGCCAGUGAACUGAUGGGAAUCCAGGCUGGUGGGGCGUCACAAGGAUGGCAGGAGAUUCCACCCUUGAUAUCCCACCAUCUCCAAACAAGCAGACUAUGUUGACUCAACCUCUCCCUUGGGCUUGUUGGCAUCCCUUCUAUAAUGGCAAUCAUGAUGAUGGGGCAGGAGAGAAAAAACAAGACACUGCCUAAAAGAACAGGACUUCAUAGGAUUUGAAGAUGUCAUCUUUCAAAUCCUGGAGCACAACAUCUGGGGAAGUUGCACUGUCUACCUUGGGACCAUUACCCCUCUGUUCUACCUGUGUUUGUUACUUAUUUGGGGGCUCAGGGAUGUAGAGUUGGGUUGAUAUUGUCCAUGGACCUGCCGCGAAUAUUUUUUUACCUCUGUAAGGCUUUAGUCCCCAUGAAGGAGUGUUGUGUGUGUGUGUGUGAGAUUGUGUUUGGAGAAUAUUGCUGGUUUUUUUUUAUUGUGACCACUGGAAAUGGGGGUGACAAAAAUCCACAGGGUAUGACUGUGCCUUCAUUCAAAUAACAGAGGUGCCUUUUUAAUACUUUUGGUCAUGAAAAAGGCAUCAUGACAAGUUGUAUUCACUGCUGCAGCCAUAUUGGAUUUUGGGGCACCAAAGGAGAAAGAUGGCUGCUUUCUGUUAGGCUACCAAAAAACAGGUACCACUGCCCCUGGAAAUGACUUCCUUUAUUUUUUUGUUCUUUUUAAAAACAACAACAACAACAGCCUUCUCUCAACUCAGCCAAAGGAGAGACAAAUUGAGAAUUGACUUUAUCGCCCUUCCUACUUAGGUCUGUCCAUUUUGUACUCAGAGGUGAGCAUGCCUGUCACCUUCUGGACCCAGAGACCUGGGGGUGUGGGAUCUGCCAGUUGGGGGCAAGAAGAGGAUUGGAUGUCUAUCAUUGGCACCCUGGGGGUAUUCCAAGGUCUUGGUAAUGCCUUCAUUCUCAUUUGAUCCUUGUUCUGCCAGAGGAAGGAGAGAAUUCCAGGGAUUUUCCUGUCUCAUAGAUUUCCUCUGGCUACCUGUAUAUUUGCCUCCUCCUUUUACUUCUUAUUCCAGGUUUCAAGCAGUUCACAGCCCUUCCUCCAGUCCUCAGUGAGACCCUUUUCAACUGGAGAGGCUGUUGCUGCUAGGAGCAAAGGACAUCUCUGGUUUCUCUGUCCCCAGGCUGAUGUUCAUAAAAGGAAACAGUUUAAAGCCAUGUUUUGCCUCUCUCUGAAUUUUUUACUGUUGCCUCUUUGUAGUGUAGUUCCCUGUCUCUCUCCCUCUACACUGGCGGGGGGUGAGCCAGAUGUUAUAGUACUUUGGCUGGGCUAUUCCAUGGUAGCAAUGCCAUAGCAACGAGUGCUGAUGUCGGUUGCCCUGGACAGUAGCAUCUUUGCAACAGCUGCCAUCCAUCCAUCCGUCCCUCUGUUCUGGUUCUGGUAUCCCUCCCACUCCUUUUGAACUCCAACACUUGACUGAACAUGGAAGAACUUGCUUCUGAAUAAGAAUGCAUGCUCUUCAUGGUGCUGGAUUGCAUUUGGCUGGCCUGCGACUGCCUUUUUUGGCAAGCAAGCAAUGGCAUUGCACCAUCCCCCUUGGAAGAUUUUUUCAGAGCUAAAUUUUUAUGGGAGAACUUUUUUCUUUCUUUUCUUUUUUUUUGCUGUAGGAAGAACACAAAAGUCCUUUCUGUUGUGUUUCCUGUACUUUUUCGUAGCCUUCCUUAAGACAGCCAGUUGGUUGUAUGUUCCAAAAAGAGUGAAAAUGUUUCUCUAGAUCAAGCGUUGCAGCUUGAUUUCUGUUUCCCAUGUCACUGAAUAACCUUCAUCAAUGUACAGUACAAGCAGAAAGUGAUAUUUGGUAAACAGUUAUUGAUUAGUUAAGAUCAAAGCCAGGUAGAGAUGGAUUAACUAUCUGCCACACUGACAUCUUUUCAAGUGUCACAUCAACAUCCCAUUAAUGUUGUUCUUCAAUUUAAAUGCCAACUGAAAGAUGUUCUGCUUUGGGACAAAUUUUGAGCAAGGCAUGUCUACACCAGAGAAAUAAACUGGAUUAGUAGCCAUCCUAUCUCCACAACUGUACUUGGAGGAGGAAGAUUGUAUACAAGGUACAGAAGCCAGGGGCUCGGUUACCCUACCCUACCCCCAUCUUCAGCUUUUGUUUCAACUUUUGCAAAAUCUUCUCCCAUGAAAAAAUUUCUUCAUCCUUACAGUUUGCAGAAAUGUGUUUUGCUAGCAUUUUGUGUUUGUUCCAAUGCCAACUAACCUCCACUGUACCUGAAAAUGUUAUAUGAUUGUACCAAAAGGAAAACAUUGUGUGGAAACUAUUCACUGCAAGAAAAAGAAAGAAAAAAGUGGCUUUAAAAAUAAAACAAUCUCAUGGAUUAUCAA